AUGCCCUCUGUGGACACGAGAGCUGCGAUCCGACCCUACGCUUUCCUUCUGCUGACUCUCAUUGGCAUUCCAUCCAACCUGGCUAUCUGCUUCGCCUUCUUACGUGCCUUACGCAAUGACAGCAAGCUUUUGACAGCAGAUAUCAUCCUUUGUCACCUCACCUUUGCUAACCUGAUGCUGGGCUUCACCCGUGGGAUUCCCCAGACACUGCACUCAUUUGGCUAUAAGCUGAUGUUUAGUGACCUUGGUUGUAAAUUGAUCAUCUUGUCUUUCCGCUCCUUCAGGGGCCUCUCCAUCAGUUUAACAUGCCUGCUGAGUACAUAUCAGGCUGUGGUGAUCUCGCCUGCUUCCUCUAAGCUUGACCCACUGAAGCUACAAAUUCCAAGAUUCCUGAUGCAUACAGUUAUAAUUCUGUACAUGCUCUAUUUUGUGUCGUGCACCAGUAUUGCAAUCCAUGGCGUUGCGAGCCUCGUCAACAACACUAUGCCUCCAUAUACAUUUAAUAUUGAGUUCUGCUAUGUCACCUUGCACACUUUCGUGGCAUUCUUCGGGACAGGCAUAGCGGUCAUGAUGAGAGAUCUUGUGUUUAUAGUGCUGAUGACCAUCAUGAGUGGGUACAUCCUGCUCCUUCUUUACCGUCACAGCAAGAAGGUGAAGAGCAUCCGAUCAUCAGAUCGAACACAACUAGGAGCCCGAGCCCAAUUGAAAGCAUCACGUGCUGUGGUCACUCUCGUCACUAUCUAUGUGGUCUUUUUUGGUAUUGAUGGCAUCAUGUGGCUGUACUCAAUCUCCGGUGUGUGGGUGGAACCUCUCAUUACUGAUAUUAGAAUAUACUUCACCAUGCUAUAUAGUUCAGUGUGCCCCAUUGUGAUCAUCGCCACUAAUCCCAAGGUUCAGGCCAAACUUCAGGUCUACAUGCCAGACAGGACUACUCAUUCAGUGAACACUCUCUGUAAAUAA